AUGCUGCCUGUUGCAACCACAACACAAUGCCUAAUGCAAACAACUACACACCACCACCCUGCCACCAUGACCAGCCAACAAAUGAAGAACAAAAAGUCUCAUGGAGCUAUGCAUUCCAUGAACACACUCCACAAAACCGUUUAUGAAAUGGUUGAGUUCUCAUUGAGUACCUUCCUCUGCUCUGUUUCUCAUUUGAGUUCCCAUGGAGCUGCUCAGUACCCCCCUGUGGUUCGUUUCACAUUUGAGUUCCCAUGGAGGAUGGGUGGCACAUUAGAACAGCUGUUUGGACACCAGACUGCAAGAACCAAUUUCUAUGCCAAUGAAUCAACAUUCACAGGAGAGGGACAGCCUACAUUUGGUCUUGACUUGCUGGAGGGUUUCAAGUGGUAUAGUGGUUGGGGGGACUGUCAACCAAGGUUGACACAUCAACAAGAGCUGUGUGAACAAUGUGUGGUGAGGAAAAUUGAAGGCCCAGGCUCUCUAGGGACAGCUCAGGCCACCCUAGGACAACCUCAGCACAUCUCAGGACAACCUCAGGUUGCUCCUGGGAAAUCAAAAAAAGGAACCUGUUCCUGGGGGCAACCUGAUGCCCUGAGUUCCAUGACAGCCUCUGGGUAUCCAGGGUCUACCCUGGACACUCCUGGACACCUUCAGGAAAGAAAUGGAUUUCUUGAGCCCAUCUUUGGCAUGAAUUUUGGGACAGUCAAGGAAGUUUACAACAUCAUAGGCUUUGAUAUACAGACCAAGGCUUUGCAGAUGAGCUACAAGCACUUUAGUGAGAUCUCCAUCCUCCAUUUGGCUCUUGUUUCACAGUCUGGUGGACCUGUUCCUGCUGCUUUAUUAACACUUACUCAAAAGUACUCACCGUGA